UAGAUCGCCUUCUUUCAAAUGCAAACUAGGCACGCCUAGCGGAAUGUGUUGUUUCUUUACUCUCGAUAUGCAAAUCUCAAUCGAGAGCAACGAAAAUUCUACUUGGUUCUUUAGUUGUUCUUCACGCUUACCUUUUCAAGAGGGCGAUAAAGCCAGCAAAGUGUACCUGUUUGAAGAUGUCGUCGCAGAAAUACAAGGUUAAAAGUGCUGAGGAAUUUGACGAAGAAUUCAAAGGGAAAGUGACGGCAUUUAGCCGAGCACUGCGUGGAUUGGAAGAUAGAGCAAAGAAAUGUGAAUCUUUAAAGUUAUUAGAGAAGGAAUCCUCCAAAACAAUUUCUUACGAAGGUGGAGACCAAAAGUACAUGCUUGAUUGGCAGCCUUAUUUGAAUGACUGCAAAAGAAGAUUGUCGAGAUCCUUGGAGAAAUUAAAGGAGAUCCAGAAUCAUAGAAAACAGAGGAAAAUCUCUUUCAUUGGUUCCAUCAAAGAGGCUCUCCCUUCCUGGUCGAAAAAGAAAACUUCUAAACAUAUUUUGCUUUAUCAGCUGAUUAAUGACACAGAUGACUGUCAGAACCUUCUGACGGACAUCGUGAACCAAAUCAAGCCCGCAGAUGACCUCACAAGUCUGGCCAACAAAAUAUUUCAAGAACGAGACUCUAAUCAAAACGAUGAAAUAUCAAAAGACCUGGAAGGCAUAACGAUCAGGUGGAAUUCACUUUGUCAAGAUGUGAUCAACAAAAGUGGCAGUCUCGAAUCUGUUGGUUUGGAGGUUGAUCGUGAAUACAAGAACCUGAAUAAGUGGUAUGAGAAAUAUGACACAUUAAACACCUGGCUGUACUUUAACGAAAAGGUUCUGGACGAAAAAAGCCCCGGGAACACAAUGGCUAUCAUCAAGGAACACUUGGAGAAAAAUCAGGGCCAGCUGAAGAAUGUGAAGGAUCGCAAACCCAAUCUGGAGGAAGUAACCCAGGAAGCUCACUCACUUUUAGAAAGUGGCCGUUUAGAUAUGGGAGAUGCAGAGAGGGUGGAGCGUUACAAAGAAGAAUUGGACACCAGAUACACAGCACUCAUUGACAGGCUCCUGGCAACCCAAAACAGGUUACAUAGCAGCAUGCAUGAACUAAGGAAGAGUCCUCAAGAAACGGUAGAAAAGACAGAAAAGACAGAAACGACCAUCGUAGAGGCUUCCCUAGAACCCAACCACAAGCCACCACCAAAGAUCAUUUCACCAUUCCAUAAAGAAGAUGAAACUAAAAGCAACGAGCAGAAAGUACAAGAUUCCAUGGCAGUAGUGAAGAAGACUAUUACACAAGAAGACAGGUGGAUUCUAAGAACUAGGACAGAGGGUGGUAAAGAGAGAAUCCACGAGGAGACCAUGAAAGCAUUUGAAUCGUCGCUAGACGUAUGUUGGAAGUCACUCAAUGACCUGGACGAAGAAUCGCUACAAAAAUUUUCAGCUGUUGGGUCAAACAUCAAAGAAGUUAGGGAGCAGCUCGAUGAAAUACAGGAUCUGGAACAAAAGAUGUCCAAGGAAGAUGCUUCAUUUCGUUCGGUGAAGGAAACAUUUGAAGCAACUGAGGGUAAAAAUUUGAUGAAGCAAGAGGCUCGCGAUAGGCUGCAAAGAAAAGUUGACGAUUUGAAUUCCAGAUGGGAGGAAAUGUGGCGUUCCCACGACGUUAACAAAGACCGCUUGGUACAAGCCAUUUUGAUCAUGGGUGGCCAGUGGAUGGGAAGAGUGAAUGAAAACCUUGACGAUCUGGAAGAGGAUAUCAAAUCAAUUGAUAUCAAAGAUGGCGACUGGGAAUCGUUGCGUAAUUCAGAACAGAAACAUAAGGAAAUCAUGGACAAGAUAGGGUCUUAUGAAGUUUCGGUAGGUGGCGCAGUGGAUGUCGCCAGGGAGGUUCAGCGGCGGGAUCUCGUGACCGAGGAAACUGGUGAGACUAUUACACAUGAAACAGGGGAACUAGAGGACAGGCUGGAACGACUAAAAGCAGAAGCAGAGGACAAAAAGAAAAGGAUUUCAGAGUCCUUGCGUAAGAUUGAGCACUCUACUGCUGUUCAUGAGGUUAUGGUGCCCUCCAGUGUGUCAGUUGCUCACUCUGCUCCCGAUCAGAUUAAUGGCGAUUCUGAUGAAGGAUUUGUGGAACCAAAGCGACACUUUUUUCAGAGAAAAGUUACCUAUGAGUCAAUCAUAACCAAGAAGAUGAAAGAAAUGAAGAAAGAAAGCAAGGCAAUGAAUGAAUGGAUGGACGAGACUGAAAAACUUGUGGGUUCACUUCGAAUAGAUAUGGAUCCAAAAAAGGCUUCCAGGGUGCAGCAGAAAAUUGACGCCCGAUUGGAAGAGGUUAAUGAGAAACAGUCAAAGGUAAACCGCGUCAUCCAGCUUAGCAAGGAGAUUGAGAACGAGACCAUUGACCCAAACGUCAGUGAACCUUUUGUGAAGGAAGCCAAGGCUCUUGAGGAAAGGUGGGCCAAGAACAAGGACUUGCUCGAAAAUCAUGGAGAGACAGAUGCUGCCAGCAAAGCUUCAUCUGGAAGCUGCUGUAUUCUGUUCUUGAAAAAACGAUUGUUACCAGUUUGGUCGGUCAAUUAACUCUAAAUCGCAAGAGAUAUAUUCAAUUACUUUCAAGGGAGCUUCUGAUCAUAAGAGAUGGACGUACAAUCGAUUAAACAUUUAAUCAAACAAUUCUGAGAAAGGCUCCGACGAAGGGCUAACGCUCGAAACGUCAGCUUUUGUAAUCGUUACGGUGGCCAAUUUACCAUUUCAACUUUGCUGAUAUAUCCAAAUUAAUUCUGAGAAACGUUACGUAAAGUUUAAGUUAAAACUUAUUUCCUUCACUACUUGAAGCUUGGUUCUUAAGGGAUUAGAAAUUUGACUGCACCUUUACACUAACACUAGUGUUAGCUAAUACAAAACUAUUCUGUCCUAUUAAAGAAAACGAGCAAUUGAAUCCAUUUAAAUUCUUUGCUAUCUGUGCCUGGCUUUAAGCACUGAUUGGCACAAUUGAGUUAAGUUGAAAUCAUUGUUUUUUUGUUUUUAUGUUUUGUUUUGUUUUGUUUUUUAUCUUAUUUUGUUUAAGGGGCCCCAGUGACAGGGAUCAUUUAUAACGUCAAAAAAUGUUACAAGAUUUUAUCGCGCAAUUAAGAUGUUAGUCGCGGUAAAAGCAAGGAAAGCUGGAAUUGAAUUUACUAGUAGAAAAAUAUAUAUUGGCUAAUUCAUUAUAGAUAUCACGCUUAGUUCAAUUACGAAUUCGUAAAAUUUGGUUGUUUAAUUGAUUACGUAAAAGAAAUGCUCCAGUAAUGAAUAGCAAAAUUAUUUGAAGAAAAUGGCAGCUGACUAGGACGUCAGAGACAUGUAUUCAAAAUAUGAAAAGUAGGUGCACGCAUAAUGGUCUAAAAUAUUGUAAUUUCGUUGUUUAAACUGGAAAAAUACGGUAGGUUAAGUCGGAAAGGGUUGAAUAGAGUGUCAUCUCUGGUCAGAAUUGAUUUAGAAAAUGUUAAUGUCAAGGCGAUCUGGCCAACAAAAUAUAAUUUGUAAGACGUAAGUAGUAUUUUUACGUGAAAUUCACAAGUUUCUCACUUUAUAUCUCAACUUUUCAGUCUGCCCUCUACGUUACUUUCAAUCUACCUUAUGUAAUCCGCAUUGCCAGCAGAAGCUUACUGAAAAACCUAUGUUGACAUGAAAUACCAACAGUAGCUUUUAGGGGGCAUACCUAUUGUGAUGCACAUGCACCCGUAGUAAGUUUUAUCUGUAAAGAUAUUUGCUGAACAGAAAACGACGGGUAAAAAAGAUCAGCGAAGAAAAUUAUUGAAUUAUAAAAUCAACGAAUGUGUUCGAUUUAACCCAA